CUAGAAUUUAAAAAUAACAAUAUUGAUAAAGAGCGUUGAACACUAGAAUUUGUUUAAUCGAAAAUGUGAAAAUAACAGUUUAAUUAUAAUGUUCUGUAAACCUUAUUAAAAAUUCAGAUAACAAAUUCAAUGGUAAUUAGUUCGAACAGAUUAUUAUCUGUAAACCACAAUUUGACACUAUGAAGGAUUUUUUGGAAUGGGUUCGUAAAUGUUUUUUAUUAGUUGAUAUGAUGCAUUUAGCUGAUGUUGAUGAUGAAACUCUUCAAGUACUCAUGUUUCAAAAUGGAUCCAGUAGAGAUGAGCUUAUAAAGUUGUUGGUGUACAAAUUGCUAUUAGACAUUGAUUCUGAGGGUGAAGAUAUACAAAAGCAUAAUAUUGAAAAAGUAUUGGUAACAUUUGGGUUAUUGAAUAAGGAAGUUACCCGACAGUUUUUAAAUGGUAGUAUGCCAACUAAGCUGCAUGUAGCUACCUGGAAAAGAAUUAUUGAAGCUAUGGUACCUAACACAACAAUUGAAUCUGAAGGGUCUAGUUAUGACGAACUGAUGAAUUACAUCUUUAACAAAGAUCAAUACUUUCAAUCUGUUAAAAAAAAAAAUUAUCUCCCUCCAGAACUUAUACCAAAAUUGAAAGUUAAAACAAAUUUAAAUGAAAUUACUGAGAGUAUUGAGGAAACUACAGAUAAAUUAAUUGAAAUAUUAAAUAAACCAAUCAAAACUGACAUAAAAAGUGAUAAUAAAACUGUAUCAUAUUAUGAGGAACACUCAUCGAAUCAUGAUACUUUUGAAUUCAUGGAUUUGAUAUCAAUUAAAAAAGAUAUUGAAGAGUACAUUAAAAUUUCAACUGAUAACAAAAUAACUUCAUUAAAUAGUGAACAACCAGUCAAAAUGUCUCCUCAACAAUUUCUCGAACUGACAAUGAAACAAAACUUGAUUCAUACUGAUAAUUUUGAAUCAAAAAUUGAAGAUAUUGCUAAGCUCGUGAAAGCAGAACAAGAUUUACAUAUAUUGACUAAUUCUCUUGCAGAUCAGGUCGUCAACGACGACGAGUGUGGUGGAAGACGAGAAUCCGCGGGACACCGACGUCGACGACAACGAAGAGCGGUCGCUGCGAGACGAGGACGCGGACGGCUUUCAGGACGCGGAGAUUUUUCAGGACGCGGAGGAAUUUCAGGACGUGGAGAUCGGCAUUGAACCCGUGACCGCGGCG